AUGAAGACUAAUAAUUUAAUUGAAUUCAAUUGUCUUGGUACUAUCUUUCUAAUUCGAGAAACUUCUCUUAAUCGUUUCCCAAAUACUCUUCUUGGGGAUACUAAACGUCGAGCUUCUUUAUAUAACAAAGUAAAACAACAAUACAUUAUUGAUCGACAUAUUGUUUCUUUUGAAGCAAUUAUUAAUUAUUAUGAAACAGGCAAAUUAAUUGCACCUACGAUUUAUGAACCCAUUAUUUUUUUUGAAGAGCUUAAAUAUUUUCAGUUCGAUAAUGAAACAAUUCAACAUUUUUAUGAUACUGAAGUACAUGAAGAAUUUAUUGAUCAUCAUCGUAUUGUACCAUCAAAUCGUAUUCUACGAGCUAUUUGGAUUUCAUUAGAAUAUAAUGAUUAUUCAUUCAUGACACAAAUAAUUCAAUUAAUUUGUUUAAUUAUUUCUUUGCUCUAUUGUUUUAAUAUUUCUGUUGAACUUAUUCCACAAUUAUCAAGAGAAAAAGUUAUCUGUUAUAAAUUCUCUACUAAUCAUCAUUUGACAAAUUGUGAUAAUAUAUUUUUUGAUUUUCGUCCAUCAAAAAUUGUAGGUCAAUGGAUUCUUAACAUUGAACAAUUAUGUACUAUUUUUAUAACAUUGGAAUAUAUUCUUCGUUUUUUAACAUCACCUCAUAAAUGGAUAACAUUUAUUUUAUUAAUAAAUAUAUGUGAUUUAUUUACAUUAUUUGUUAGUUGGAUUUAUCUAAUAUUAGUUAAUAUGAACAUAUCAAAUAAUGAUAAAAAAGAUCCAUUUUUUUAUAUAAAAUUAUUUCAAUAUUUAAUGCUUUUACGUUUAUUUCGAUUUUUUCGUCUUUGUCGAUAUGUUAAAUCAUUACGAAUUCUUUUUUAUGGAAUUAAAAAUGCAUUGAAAUAUAUUCUAUCUAUGGGUUUUAUAAUACUAUUUUUUGUAUUUACAUUUGGUGUUAUUAUACAAAUUAUUGAAAAAAAUUGGGAUCGUGCUUACGUAACACGUCUUGAAGAUUUAUUUAAUAUUGUUACUAUAUCAACGAUAACUGUCGGUGAUGCUAAACGUGUACCAUUGUCACCAAAUGGAAAAAUUCUUUGUUCAUUUCUUGCUGGAAUAGGAUUAAUUGGAAUAUCUUUACCAUUACCUUCUAUCUAUCGACAAUUUCAAUCAAUUUAUCGAUUAGAAAAUAUGGAUAAAAGAUUUAUUAUUCCUGAAUAUGUUUAUCCGAAUGGAAAACUAGUUAAAAAUCAAUGA